AUGCAUAAAGUGUCGAUCCUCGGUACUGAGAGUAUUGUUGUAGGAAAAGGCAUUGUUGGUCACAUUGCUGCUGAUGUGGUUUCUUGUAUUCCCGCCAGCACCUAUGCCAUCAUCACUGAUGAGAACUUGGCUAAGUUGCAUCUGGAUGAAUUACUGGCUGCAUUCCAGCGAGAGAUUGCCAACCAGACUGCUGCCACUGCAAGCAAGUCUCGUAUCCUCUCUGUUGUAAUCCCUGCUGGAGAGGUUCAUAAGACCAGAGACACAAAGGCCAGUAUUGAGGAUUGGUUGUUGUCGCAGGCUUGUACUCGGGACAGUUGCUUGAUUGCUCUGGGUGGAGGUGUUUUGGGUGAUCUGGUUGGAUUUGUUGCUGCUACAUUCAUGAGAGGUGUCCCAGUGGUUCAGAUUCCAACUACUUUAUUAGCAAUGGUUGAUUCAUCUGUGGGUGGAAAGACUGCUGUGGAUACACCCAAUGGCAAGAAUCUGAUUGGCGCUUUCCAUCAACCUCGUCGUAUAUUUAUUGAUAUUCAGUAUUUAACCACGUUGAAUAAACGAGAGUUUGUGAAUGGGUUGGCUGAAGUGAUCAAGACUGCUGCUAUUUGGGAUGAAAAGGAUUUUCAAAUGCUUGAAAACCAUUCCGAUAGGAUUCUUGGUUUGGUCGGAUCUGAUUCCAAUCAAGGUGAGUGCAUUGCUGUUAUUCUCAUGGAUCUUGUUACUAGACUUAUUCUGGGAUCUAUCAAGGUCAAGGCACAUGUCGUGACAGUUGAUGAAAAGGAAACUGGUCUUCGUGGUCUGUUGAACUUUGGUCAUACAAUUGGUCAUGCUAUUGAAGCUAUUGCAUUCCCACAUUUGUUGCAUGGUGAAUGCGUUGCUAUCGGAAUGGUAAAAGAAGCAGAAGUGUCUCGGUUUCUCGGUCAUUUAAAUAACGUGUCUGUUGGUCGUCUUGUUCGAUGUCUUCGAGCAUAUGGUCUUCCAGUUUCCUUGAAUGAUCCUCUUGUAUCGACACGCUGUCCAAACAAAACGUUUCCUACGCAUCGCCUUCUUGAUAUUAUGCGCGUUGACAAAAAGAAUCAAGGCGACAAGAAGCGUAUAGUGCUUUUAUCUGCUCUUGGUGCAACUGUGGAGCCUCGUGCUAGUUUUGUUGCCGACGACGUCAUCCAAAAGAUCAUCUCACCAGCUGUUCUUGUUACUCCUUCAAAUACAAAACUAAAUGUAAGUCUAGCAAUUCCUGGAUCAAAGUCUAUAUCCAAUCGAGCUUUGGUUAUGGCUGCUCUUGGAAAAGGCGUUUGUCGCUUGCAUGGACUGUUACAUUCAGAUGAUGUGCAAGUCAUGCUGGAUGCUCUUCAAAAGCUUGUUGGAAUUUCAUAUACGUGGGAAAAUAAGGGCGAAACAUUGGUUGUAAACGGCGGCGGUGGCAAAUUGCGUAGUCCUCAGAGCGAAUUAUAUCUUGGAAAUGCUGGAACGGCUUCUCGGUUUUUGACCACUGUAUGCACUCUUAUCAAGUCGAGUGCAAUAAAUGUGGAGUCUGCGGUGUUGACUGGAAAUGCUCGUAUGAAACAACGACCAAUUGGUCCUUUGGUCGAUGCUCUUGUAGAUAACCAUUGUGAUAUCCAGUAUCUUGGAACAAAGGGUUGUUUACCUAUUUCCAUUAAAUCAAGUCCAACCGGUCUUUCUGGUGGAACGAUUCACCUCUCCGCAUCCGUUAGCUCGCAGUAUGUAUCUUCCAUACUCAUUUCUGCACCUUAUGCCUCUAGUCCGGUUACACUGGAUCUUGAUGGCGAUGCAGUGGUGUCACAACCAUAUAUUGAUAUGACUAUUGCCAUGAUGAAGUCAUUUGGUAUUCAUGUUACGCGUAUUCCUGGCACCAACAAGUACAAUAUCCCACAGGGAAUCUACACUAAUCCUACCGAAUACAUGGUCGAAGCGGAUGCAUCAUCUGCAACGUAUCCUCUAGCAUUUGCUGCCAUAACUGGCUCAACUGUAACGGUUACUAAUAUUGGCAGCAACUCUCUUCAAGGCGACGCCAUGUUUGCUAUUCGUGUUUUGAAAGAAAUGGGAUGUAGUGUUCAUCAAACCGAAACUACAACCACUGUUCAAGGACCUGAGCAGCUUGUACCACUUCCUUGUAUUGAUAUGGAAACCAUGACGGAUGCAUUUAUGACAGCUACAGUCCUUGCAGCUGUUGCACAGAGUAAUGGAAAUGUCGAUGACAAUACAACUCGAAUCACUGGAAUUGCCAAUCAACGUGUCAAGGAAUGCGAUCGUAUUGCUGCCAUGAUUCAGCAACUUGACCUUUUUGGUGUUUGCGCUUCAGAACUUCCUGAUGGAAUUCAAAUCCAUGGUAUGGAUCGUUCCAAACUUUGCCAUACCAAACCAUUGUCGGGUGUCCAUUGUUUUGAUGAUCAUCGUAUUGCCAUGAGUUUUAGUAUUCUUGCUUGUGCAGUUGAUUCUAAGCACAACACUGGUGUGGUAAUAACCGAAAGAGAGUGUGUUGAAAAGACUUGGCCGUCAUGGUGGGAUACACUGGAAAAUACUCUUGGAACCAAGAUUACUGGUGUUGAUUUACCAAAACACAUGCAUGCUUCAAAACUCCAUACUACCACUGAAUCUGCUGCAUGUUUCCAUUCUUCUCAAAUCUCACAAUCCUCUAUUUUACUCGUCGGUAUGCGAGGUGUGGGGAAGACACACAUGGGUCGUGCAGCUGCAAAGCAUUUUGGACGUACAUUUAUUGAUAUGGAUGUGUAUCUUGAACAAAAGUUGCUUACCACAAUUCCUGAACUCAUCAAGGCACAAGGUUGGGAAGGAUUCCGUACACAGGAAUUGCAAUGUCUGCAAGACAUUCUAGUAACGUACCCUACAGGAGCGGUGAUUGCUUCUGGUGGUGGUAUUGUUGAAACUCCUGAUGCGCGCAGUGCACUUGAAAACUGGAGCGGCACUGUCAUUCACAUUCGUCGCGAUAUAGACGAGGUUGAAGCAUAUCUAGGCGUUGAUACCACACGACCAUCGUUUGGACAGGAUGUGCGAUCUGUAUUUGCUCGUCGUGCACCACUAUAUACCGAAUGUUCUAGUGCCGAGUUUGUGAUUCCAACUAGUUUGAACCAGGCGAAUGCUGCGUAUUGGAACAAAGUGGAGCAAUCAUUUAUGCAAUUUUUGCAUUUCAAGUUGGCUACUACUAAGCCCAAUGUGAAUGACAAGAGUUUGGAUACGAGCUAUUUUGUGUCAUUGACUUUCCCUAACGUGGUUUCUGCUGCAGCACUGGUUGAGCAGGUUACUGAAGGUGCCAAUGCCAUUGAGCUACGCGUGGAUCUUCUCGAAUCCACCAAACCAGACUUUGUUGGCUCUCAAGUUGCCAUGCUUCGUCAUUUAUCAAAGUUACCUAUUGUGUAUACUGUUAGAACACAAAGUCAAGGUGGACGUUUUCCUGAUGAUAAAACUCGGGACAUGAUUUCUCUGCUAGAGCUGGGUAUACGACUGGGAUGCGAGUACAUUGAUGUGGAAUUCACUGCUCCGUUUGAAAGAUUUUCGUCGAUUACCAAAUCCAAAGGAAAUUCGCUCAUUAUUGGAUCGUAUCAUGAUUGUCGAGGAGUUGCUUUAUGGACUGAUGUUUGCAUGCUUGACAUAUAUCAAGAUCUCUAUGCACAUUCAGACUGUAUUAAGCUCAUUGGUGUUGCUCAUAAUAUAGCAGAUAGUAUAGCAGUAUCUACAUUUCGCAAUCAAUUUGUUCCAAAGCUUGGAUUGGCGCCUAAACCUCUUAUUGCAUUAGCUAUGGGUCCAUUAGGACAGCUGUCCCGAGUAUUGAAUACCUAUUUGACACCCGUCACUCAUGCAUCUAUGCCUAUGCUUGCAGCACCAGGACAGUUGACAAUUUCACAGAUUCAUUCAAUUCGACACUUGAUUGGUAUGCUACCCAAAAAAGAGUACUAUCUGUUUGGUAAGCCAAUUUCAGAAUCCAUGUCACCGGUUCUCCACAAUACUGGAUUCAAGCAGUUGGGGCUUCCACAUCACUAUUCGUUAUUAGAAACUGAUUCUAUUGAUCGAGUACGUGAAGUGGUUCAGCAAGGAAAACUCGAUGGUACAUUUGGUGGUGCAAGCGUGACGAUUCCACUCAAGAUUGAUGUGAUUCAAUCUGGUAUAGCAACCAGAAUCUGUUCUGCAGCCAAACAGAUUGGUGCAGUCAAUACUCUUCAUAUGCAAGCUGAUGGAGAAAUUGUAGGACACAAUACCGAUUGGAUUGGAAUUAAGCAAUGCAUUCAGCGUCAUCUUGGAGUGAGCUGCAGUAGAAAAGUUGUAGGGAUCGUUCUUGGUGCAGGUGGAACUGCUCGUGCUGCAUGCUAUGCACUGAGUCAGAUUUCAUAUAUUCAACAAGUACGAGUAUGGAACCGCACGGUACACAAGGCUGCUGACAUGGCAAAGGAAUUCAAAUACGUUGCUGUUGAGGAGCUCAAAGACCUUGUGCCUAUUGCCGAGCCAAUGGAAGAUGAACAACCGCUUUAUGCGAUCGUAGGAACGAUUCCAUCGACUGCUCAAGACGCGCUUGAUCUGGAUAGUUUAUUCAAAGAUGGUGUUGGUGGAGUGGUGGUAGAAAUGGCAUACCGACCCCGUCAAACCAAACUUAUCAUGGCAGCACAACAUGCUAAUCAAAAGCAUUCAUCCACCUUUGCAUGCGUCGAGGGGAUCGAUGUGUUGAUUGAGCAAGGAUACGAGCAAUUUCAACUCUGGACUGGAUGCCAUCCACCUCAUGCAGUCAUGUCAGAAGCAGUCUACACAAACUAUCGUUGA